AUGUCUUCCAACCAGCAAACAAACAGCGCAGGUAACAACGAGGACAUGGAGUUUUUAGCUAUAACCGAGAACCUACGACGCGCAAUGAGAGAAAGAGCUUCACAGUUGACUGUUAGGCCAAAUGAGGAGUUUGAGAGGCGCCUUUCGGAAAUGGUCUCUCAUGGGACAAUUCCGCCUACGCGCGCUCUGCCCUUGACCGACCAGGGAGAGGUUCAGAGAUUAAUCCAGGGAGAAGUCCAGAGAUUAAUCCAGGAAGAAGUCCAGAGAUCAAUCCAGGGAGAAGUCCAGAGAUCGAUCCAGGAAGAAGUCCAGAGAUCAAUCCAGGGAGAAGUCCAGAGAUCGAUCCAGGAAGAAGUCCAGAGAUCAAUCCAGGGAGAAGUCCAGAGAUCGAUCCAGGAAGAAGUCCAGAGAUCAAUCCAGGGAGAAGUCCAGAGAUCGAUCCAGGAAGAAGUCCAGAGAUCAAUCCAGGGAGAAGUCCAGAGAUCGAUCCAGGAAGAAGUCCAGAGAUCAAUCCAGGGAGAAGUCCAGAGAUCGAUCCAGGAAGAAGUCCAGAGAUCAAUCCAGGGAGAAGUCCAGAGAUCGAUCCAGGAAGAAGUCCAGAGAUCAAUCCAGGGAGAAGUCCAGAGAUCGAUCCAGGAAGAAGUCCAGAGAUCAAUCCAGGGAGAAGUCCAGAGAUCGAUCCAGGAAGAAGUCCAGAGAUCAAUCCAGGGAGAAGUCCAGAGAUCGAUCCAGGAAGAAGUCCAGAGAUCAAUCCAGGGAGAAGUCCAGAGAUCGAUCCAGGAAGAAGUCCAGAGAUCAAUCCAGGGACAGCUGGACAAUUGUACGUCGCGCAUGAUGGCUCGUGGGCUAUUUCCGGCGCCGCUCCAGCCUCCGCGAAACAUGUUUGGAAUUCAAACCAGACAACUCGCUCUGCCGACCGUCCAGGGACAAGCUCCAGGACCUCAAGAGGCUCAGGGCCGUGUACAGGCACAACCUCAAGGGCAGGCUCCGUCAUCGCCUGAAGAGGAGGACGAUGAGGAGGAUGGGCGAAUUCGCCCCUUUUAA